CGCUGCCUCCCGUGCCAGGAUGGCGGCGCUCUUCCAGGUCCUAGCGGUGGCUCUCCUCUUGGCCUAUGCUUCUUCCCAGCUUUAUCGAGAACCAGAGCUCUGGCAAGACGCUUAUGUCAGCGAGAUCAGUGACCAGAGCGACGCCGACGUUCUCGACGACCCAGACAUUCUGGCCUUGCUGGCAGCUGAAGACGAGGAAGACGAAGACGACAGUGAGGAUGAGGACGACGACCCUCUGGAGCAUUUUGUCGACGUCUUGAGGAAACUGAAGCAUGAGGAGGGGAUUGACGAAGACGUGAUCUCGCUCCUGCUUUCGGAACUCGAGACGAGGACGAGGACAGGAAGUGAACAGAAAGCGAGAGAAGAAAUGAAGCAGAAGCGGAGAGCAGGAAAGGGAAACGAAAGCGAAGGCAGCGCACGCGAGCUAAGGAGGGAGAAGAGGUCCCCUGCGAGAAGAAGCUCGAGUAGAUCGUCUUCCUCUCGAUCGAGAGGAAGUGGGUGGUUCGGCAGGAGGUCCAGCAGUUCGUCGUCGUCCAGCAGCAGCAGCAGCAGCAAGCGGAGCAGCAGCAGAAGUUCUGGCGGAUGGUUCAGAAGAAGCAGCUCUUCUGGUAGUAGUAGCAGAAGUGGAAGUAGCAGCAGUAGCAGCAGUGUUAGCAGCAGUAGCAGCAGUGGAAGUAGCAGUAGCACUGGUACAAGCAGCACCGGAGGAGGCUCAUAUGGAUGGAACACUGGAAACAACCGAGGCACUGCCACGGGUGCAACAGGAGCUGGGGUUGCAACAGGUGUCUCCACUGGCACUUCGGGUACAAGGCCUGGCUACCCCACGCAGCCAGGAUACCCCUCGCAACCUUACAAUCCUAAUCCAGGCUAUCCAAGCGGCACAGUCCCUCAUAGUGGCUACCCAACGGGAUCCCAACCUGCCUCUGGAUAUCCAACUGGAACAAAUCCCGUUUCUGGAGGUACGAGGCCUGGCACAGGAUACCCUGCUGGGCCUCAGCCCGCGCCGGGAUAUCCGACUGGGACACAACCGGGCUCUGGGUACCCUGGAAACACGCGACCUGUUGCAGGAUACCCAUCCGGUAAUCAGCCCGUGCCCGGAUACCCAACUGGAACACAGCCUGGUUCUGGGUACCCUGGAAACACGCGACCUGUUGCAGGAUACCCAUCUGGCCCUCAGCCCGUGCCAGGAUAUCCAGGAAGUACUCGGCCGUUCGGAGGCUACCCGGGCUAUCCAGGCAGCACAGGCUUUUCCACUGGGUAUGGGUACGGAGGAUAUCCUGCAACAGGCUAUUCCGCGGGAGGCUACUCCUCAGGGGGAUACGCCACCGGGUUCCCCGCCGCCGGCUAUGCAGCGGGGGGAUUCGCCGGCUAUCCCGCAGGAGGGUUCCCGAUGCCCAAGAGGAAGAAGUCGAAGAAGGAGAAGGUGAAGGAGGUGGUGAACAAGGCCGUCACCGGCUACCUCGCGCACAAGGCCGCCAAGAAGAACAAGUUCCUCAACCCUUCGCACAUCCACGGCUUCGGCCACGGGCGCGGCGGAGGCUUCCACGGGAUGGGCGGCAAGCUCGGCGCGGGCGCCUUGGGUGGGCUCGCCGUCGGCAAGACCGCCAAGACGCUCCUGGGCGCCUACAUGAAGAUGAAGAUCGCCAAGUACGCCCUCAAGUUCGGAGCCGAGGCCGCCAAGGCUUACUUCCACUACAAGCUCCACAGGGAUCUCGACGACUACACCAUCAACAAGUUCAUCCACAGGUACCACCAGCAGCGCGUCAGCAGGUUCGGCCGACGCCGCUACCACAACAACCACCGCGAGAAGCCCGACUCCGACGAGGCGGCCGCCAACAUCACGCUGGGUGAAUUCUGUUACCGACCUUGCAUGCCCAACGACACUCGCAUUUGCCAGUUCACAUUUGAGGUUCAUCUCUACCAGACCUUAUCUAGGGCGUGCUACAACUGUCCCAGCAACGCCACCGACUGCGACAGACCCGAGUGUGUGGCCGGGGACGGGACGCGCAGGAUGGUCACGGCGGUGAACAAGGGCAUUCCAGGACCGUCUAUUCAGGUGUGCGUCGGCGACAAGGUUCUCGUGGACGUCCUGAACGACAUGCCGUCCACAGCCGUCACUCUCCACUGGCACGGUCUAACGAUGGGCCCCUCCUUCGCCGUGCCCCGAGCCGAGAAGACGCCCUUCAUGGACGGCACUCCGGGCAUCACGCAGUGCCCAGUGGGUCCCUCGUCCGGGUUCAGGUACUCCUUCAUUGCUUCCAAUCCCGGCACUCACUUCUGGCACGCGCAGACAGGUCUUGAACGCGGCGACGGUGUGUUCGGCCCACUCAUUGUGCACCAGUCACAUGAAAAUGAUCCUUACCAGAAAUUGGCACAACAUAUUAUGACGAUCAAUGACUGGUUCCACUCCUCGACGCAGUCUAAGUAUGUCCUCCGUCAGCACAGCAACCAGGAGGCCAAACCCCAGUCCAUCCUGAUCAACGGCCGGGGUCCCCAGAAGCACGACGCGGAUGAAGUCGCUCGAGUUCCAUACUCAAAAUUCAUUGUGGCUAAUGACACCCGCUACCGCAUGCGGGUCAUCAACGCUGCGGUGACCAACUGCCCUGUGACUGUGACGGUGGACAGCCACGACUUCGUUCUCCUCGCGGCAGAUGGCAGCCUUGUGUCGCCCAUGAACACCACCUCGCUCCUCAUCUAUCCAGGAGAGAGAUACGACGUGCUGAUCGCUGCGGAGCAACAGCCAUCUCCUGACGGCGCUGUCUUCUGGGUGCGCGUGCAGGGAGGGAACGACUGUGGCCACCUUCAGCAGUACGCAAUUCUCCAGUACCUACCCACCAACUUCUCCUUUGCCGAAGCUCCGCCCACCAUCCCUCCGCAGACCACGCCCACUCCCAAAACACCACCAACGCCAGGAUCGCAAGACUUCAGCGGGGCAUGUGGCACCGAAGGGCAGCGUUGCGUCACAGGUCUGAGGUCACCUACGGAUCUGCCCGCCUCCCUUCAGGUCACCAGAGCAAAUACUACUCUCUACCUCGCCUUCUCGUCCAAACAAAUUCACAACGAGUAUUUCUACUCCAUUUUUCUCUAUGAUAUCUAUGAAGAGACCGACCCUUCGAAGAGACUGGCAACGCCCCAGAUCAACCACCUGAGCUUCCGCGCUCCGCCCAUCCCCCUCCUGGUCAACCACCGCCCACUCAGGUCCGAGAACUGCAGCAGCGACGGCGUGAGGCAAGGGCACUGCACCGCCGACUUCUGCGAGUGCCUCCACGUCCUGCAAGCUCCGAUUGGGGCCGUCGUGGACCUCGUGCUCAUCGGAGAGGGACCCGCCAAUGGGACUUCCCAGGCGGUGCAUCUCCACGGCUUCAAGUUCUGGGUCCUGUCUCAGGUGGCGGCCGAAGACGUGCCCACGCCCACCAUGACGACCACGACCACCACAACGACCACCACAACAACCACGACCACCACAACGACCACGACCACCACAACGACCCCAUCCCCCAACGACGAAUCAGAGGACAGCGUGGACAUUCCUCCUGUAGGCGACGAGUACCUCUCACAGGAUAAGGUGAUGCAACUGGACGCGGAGGGGAAGCUGAAGCGGUACGUGUUGGACCCCGUGGCCAAGGAUACCGUCACUAUCCCGCCAGGAGGGUACACCAUUGUCAGGAUCGUCGCCGAGAAUCCCGGAUUCUGGAUGCUAGAGAGUCAGGUCCUCUUCAAUGCAAUGGCGGGCCAGAGCCUCAUCUUGCAAGUCGGCAACACUGAAGAUUUCCCUAAACCACCAAAAGACUUCCCCUCGUGUUAAAUCUGUUAAAACAAUUUCUCCAUUUGUUGUGUUACAGUUUUCUCCCAGUUUGUCUGUCGUUUUCUUUCCUUCUUCCUCUUUUCUAAUCAUUAUUUUCUUCCUAUCCUUCUUUUGCUCGUCUACCUCAUUUACUUUUCAUGUAUAACCUUCGUAUGUUUCCUAUUCCUAAAUCUUAUCAUCUAUAACAUUCCGAAUCUUUUCUACUAAUCACAUCUCUCUCUCUCUCUCUCUCUCUCUCUCUCUCUCUCUCUCUCUCUCUC